AUGGGCCAUUCCCUGUCUACUCUCUGCUCACUGCUCUCCUUGAAACUUCUCGCAAAAAACACACAUGCUCCACUGUACUUGGAGCGCGCCCGUUGCUCUGGUAUAGUGGUAUCCCCCUCCCACAGCUGCGCCCGACGCAGGCGGCGCGCUACAGGUUUCACACGGCCGUACCCGCUCGCUGCUCCCCGUGGGAUUCACACCGUCCUCUUCUCCGUCCUCCGGAUCGCGACUGCUCCCGUCAUGGGGUCCACGCCACCGGUCCCCGGAUCCACGCCGCCGCCCCGCGGACCCGACCCCGCACAGGUGCCCAGUCCUGCUCCAGGUGCACUGGCGCAGAUCAGCAAGGCCGGAUCCACCCCGGAGGAGCUCAUCAGGUUGGCUUGUGAGAGUAUCUCUGAGUCUAUCUUCCACGUCAAGUUUGAGACCAGGGAUAAGAAAUUUCUCAAAGAUCAUAUCGAGAAAUUGAUAACCAAGCUGCCUGCUGCAAAGAGAGCUGAUUGGCACAACAAGAUGACGGAAAUCUUAGCUGCUAUCUCAGAAACCACCACUGGAUUUGUGGUCGAUGAGACAAAGGAUUUCUUGUUGAUAUUGACCUGUUCCCAUGCUUUUCAAGCAUGCUACAAUGCAUCCACCCGAGUUUCAGCUACGUCGCAUGCUUACAGAGAAAAACAUCCUAAGCCAGUAGCUGCAUCCCCUCAAGAUUCACGCUUGCUUUCUGAAAUACAAGAGCAGCAGAAUUUGUUAAAGACCUAUGAGAUCCUGGUAAAGAAGUUCCAGUCCCAGAUCCAGACUAGAGAUACUGAGAUAGCCCAUUUACAGCAGCAAACUGAUGAAGCUAAACUUCGGAAAUCAAAGCUAGAGAAGAAACUGAAACAAAGGGGCUUACUUAACAAGGAAUCAGAGGAAUCUGACGAAGAAGAGAAAUACUUCUCCAUUGAAUUGACACCUAGUUUGUUUACAUCUGCUGUCGAUAAUGCAUACCAGUCGAUACAUGACUUUUCAAAGCCUUUGAUCAAAAUGAUGAAGGCUGCAGGUUGGGAUCUUGAUGGGGCUGCUAAUGCGAUUGAACCUAGUGUAGUUUACGCAAGAAGGGCUCACAAGAAGUUUGCUUUUGAAUCCUAUAUUUGCCAAAGAAUGUUCAGUGGGUUCCAAGAAGAGAGCUGUUCUAUACAGGAUUCUAACAUCAGUGUUUCCAAUGAGGCUUUCUUCCAUCAAUUCCUCGCAGUGCGAGCCAUGGAUCCUCUGGAUGUCCUGAGCCAGAACCCUGACUCAGUAUUCGGAAAGUUCUGCACAAGCAAAUACCUAUUGCUUGUGCAUCCAAAGAUGGAAGGUUCUUUUUUCGGCAACAUGGAUCAGAGGAACUACGUCAUGAGCGGUGGCCAUCCAAGGACACCUUUCUACCAGGCAUUCCUAAAGCUUGCGAAGUCUAUAUGGUUGCUGCACAGGUUGGCCUACUCCUUCGAUCCAAAGGCUAAGGUAUUUCAAGUGAAAAAGGGAAGUGAGUUUUCGGAAAUCCACAUGGAGAGCGUUGUGAAGAACAUCGUCAUAGAAGAGGGUGCGGAGAGGCCGAAAGUUGGCCUGAUGGUGAUGCCUGGUUUCCUGAUACCAGCGUCAUACAGUCCCGAGUGUAUCUGUCAGAUGUGA